AUGUCCCAAGUUGCGUCCCCCGAACGCCCAGGAAUGUUCAAACAGGCAGCAGAAGCUGUCAAGGAUCUCUUCCGGCAUGAGCGUGUCACUAUUCUCGACGAGCAUGGCAAUUAUGUCGAGAAGGUCAUCAAGCCUGAGCCUCUGGUCAACCCGAUUAAGCUCCUAUGCAUGCUCACCUGGAAGAAUUGGCUAUUCUUCCUCGUUGGUCUUGCCGCCUGGACCGUCGAUGGUUAUGACUUCCACUCGGUAUCGUUAUCGCUCACCAAUUUGUCCAAGUUCUAUGGCGUGUCCAAGACCGACAUUUCAACUUCGAUCACGCUCACGCUUCUUUUCCGUUCUCUUGGUGCUGCUAUCUUUGGUGUUGCUGGUGAUUACUAUGGUCGCAAAUGGCCCAUGGUUAUCAAUAUGUUCAUUAUCGGUGCUCUCCAGCUCGGUACCGCGUACGCGCCCAAUUACCAUGCCUUUUUGGGCAUCCGCUCCCUCUUCGGUAUUGGUAUGGGUGGUGUCUGGGGUUGUGCUAUUGCCAUGGCUCUUGAGUCCGUUCCCAUUGAGGCUCGUGGUUUGAUGUCAGGUAUCCUUCAGCAAGGCUAUUCGCUCGGUUAUCUUCUUGCCGCCGUUUUCAACUUGAGUAUCGCUCCUCGAGGUGGUGCCGAUGGAUUUAAGGAUUUGUUCUACAUUGGUGCCGGCGCGAGCUUCUUUGUCGGAUUGGUUCGUAUGUGUUUCCCCGAGAGCGAGCAAUUCCGCCGUGCAAAGGAGCAAGGCCAAAAGGGUGGACACACCAAACAAUUUAUGAAGGAAGCUGGCGUUGUGGUCAAGACCCAAUGGCGCCGAAUCAUCUACGCAUGCAUCCUCAUGGCUCUUUUCAACUUUUUCUCGCACACCACUCAAGACGCUUACCCAACUUUCCUUCAGUCCGGUAAGGGAUUCUCGCAACAAGAUGCUUCUCGCGGUACAAUCAUCGCCAAGACCGGGGCGACUGUUGGAGGUGCUUUUGUCGGUUAUGUUUCUCAGUCGUUCGGUCGUCGCCGCUCGAUCGUACUCGCCGCUCUAUUGGCUGCUGCCUUAAUCCCUGCUUGGGUUUUGCCCAACUCGCGGGCCGGUCUUGCAGCGGGUUCGUUCUUCCUUCAAUUCAUGGUCCAAGGUGCCUGGGGUGUCAUUCCCGUCCACUUGAACGAGCUCUCCCCUCCUGCUUUCCGUGCCAGCUUCCCUGGUAUUGCGUACCAAAUUGGCAACAUGAUCAGUAGCCCGGCUGCAGAAAUGGUCACUGGUAUUUCCGAAAAGAACUUUAUCACUCACAAUGGAAAGCGUGUCGAGGCAUUCGGUCCUACUAUGGGAAUUGCUACUGCCAUCAUCGCUAUCCUCCUCGCAUUCUGGACCGCAGUUGGCAAAGAAGCCAAGGGUUCUCACUUUGAAAAUGCUGUCGCUGGUCAUGGAGUAGUUGACACCAAUGCACCUAAGGCCGAUAUUGAGACUGCAAGCACGGCCUCUAACGAAAAGGGCGACCAACCUGUACACCAGGAAAAAGCCUAG